UAAUCAACCGGUCCAGUUUUAACAACCCUGCUCGAGCUUUGGAUCGAAGGCCAUAAUUCGCAGGAACAUUCUAUGGUCUUGAUAUGAGGUCGUAGAGUGAAAGAUUAGCCAGGUGUGCUACUGUAUUUUUCUAGAUUUAGAUGGUACUCUGUGAACUGGGUAUUAACUUGGGUGUGGUGGUUGGACGCUCAGACCCGACUCACAAGUUCCAAUCUUGUGAAAGCAUCCCCCAUAAAGUAGGUUGUUGCUUCCCUCCCAGAUGCAACGCAAUGUCUUCGACCUCUCAAACUACUACUGCUCUUUAUUCAAACACUGCUGUGAAACCCGGAACCAAAUCCAAUUGAAAAAACUCCAUUGUCAUAUACUCAAAUCCGUAAACAACCCAGAAACAUUUCUCUUCAAUAAUCUCAUAAACAGCUACGGUAAGCUAGGCAACCUAAACUAUGCACGCUACGUGUUCGACGAAACUCCUCGACCAAAUCCUUUCUCUUGGAACACAAUCCUCUCCGCAUAUUCGAAAUAUGGGCGGCUCUCGGAAAUGCAGGACCUUUUUGAUCUCAUGCCAAAUCAAGAUGGGGUGUCUUGGAACUCACUUAUUUCUGGUUAUGCAAGUCGGGGUUCAUUUGUUAUGGCGGUUAAGACUUAUAAUUUGAUGUUGAGGAAUGGAGUUAGCAAUUUGAAUAGGAUUACAUUUUCAACGAUGCUUAAAUUGGCAUCCAGUCGAGGGCCUGUUGAUUUGGGUCGGCAGAUUCAUGGGCAGAUAGUAAAAUUUGGUUUUGGGGAAUAUCUGUUUGUGGGCUGCCCUUUGGUGGACAUGUAUUGCAAAGCAGGAUUAGUGUACGAUGCAAAGCAAGUUUUUGAUGAGAUUCCAGAGAAGAAUGUGGUUAUGUAUAAUACAAUGAUUGAUGGGCUUUUUCGGUUUGGGAUGGCUGAAGAUGCAGUGAGGUUGUUUAGUUACAUGAAUGAGAAAGAUCCAAUUUCAUGGACAACAAUGAUUACAGGACUUAAAAAUAAUGGUUUGGAGACAGAAGCCAUUGAUUUAUUCAGAGAGAUGAGGAUGGAAGGGCAGGCUAUGGAUCAAUUUACCUUUGGAAGUGUAUUGACUGCUUGUGGGGGACUUAUGGCCUUGGAAGCAGGGAAGCAAAUUCAUGCAUUUAUAAUUAGGACUGACCAUAAGGAUAAUGUUUUCGUGGGUAGUGCCCUUGUUGACAUGUACUGUAAAUGUAGAAGCAUAAGAAAUGCAGAAGCAGUUUUCAAGAAAAUGAAAGACAAAAAUGUUGUAUCCUGGACGGCAAUGCUGGUGGGUUAUGGCCAAAAUGGUUAUAGCGAGGAAGCUGUUAGGGUAUUUUGUGAAAGUCAAAGGGAAGGAAUUGUGCACGAUGAAUUUACUCUUGCAAGUGUUAUUAGUGCCUGUGCGAACUUGGCAAGUUUAGAAGAGGGAUCUCAAUUCCAUGGCCAAGCUCUGGUUUCUGGACUAAUUUCUUUUAUAACAGUGUCCAAUGCACUUGUUACAUUGUAUGGUAAAUGUGGGAGCUUAGAAGAUAGCAGUCGACUGUUCAAUGAGAUGAUAAUUAAAGAUGAAGUUUCUUGGACUGCAUUGGUUUCAGGGCAUGCCCAGUUUGGUAAAGCCUACGAGACUAUUGAUUUGUUUGAGCAAAUGCUGGCUCAUGGCCUGAAGCCUGAUGGGAUUACAUUCAUUGGGGUUCUUUCAGCUUGUAGUAGAGCAGGCUUGGUGGAGAAAGGGAAGCAGUACUUUGAUUCCAUGGUAAAUGAACAUGGGGUUGAACCAAUUAUUGAUCACUACACUUGCAUGAUUGACCUUCUCAGCCGGGCUGGAAGGUUGGAAGAAGCCAAAGAUUUUAUAAAUAAGAUGCCUUUCCAUCCCGAUGCGAUUGGCUGGGCCACCUUGCUCAGCUCAUGUAGAAUUCGUGGGAACAUGGAAAUUGGGAAAUGGGCAGCUGUCUCUCUCAUGGAAUUAGAACCCCAGAACCCUGCGAGCUAUAUCUUACUCUCGGGCAUCUAUGCCGCUAAAGGAGAGUGGGGUUACGUAGCCCAAUUGAGGAGAACAAUGAGGGAUAAAGGAGUGAGAAAGGAACCUGGUUUCAGUUGGAUCAAAUAUAGGAGUAGAGUACACAUUUUCUCAGCAGAUGAUCACUCGAGUCCGUUUUCAGAUCAGAUAUAUGCUGAGCUUGAAAAACUUAACCUCAAAAUGAUAAAGGAGGGCUAUGUGCCAGACAUGAAUUCCGUUCUUCAUGAUGUUGGAGAGUCGGAGAAAAUGAAGAUGCUUAACCACCAUAGCGAGAAGCUUGCAAUCGCCUUUGGGUUGAUAUUUAUCCCUCCUGGCCUUCCCAUACGGGUGGUUAAAAAUCUUAGAGUCUGCGUGGAUUGCCACAAUGCCACCAAGUAUAUUUCGAAGAUCACCAAGAGAGAGAUACUCGUAAGAGAUUCUGUACGUUUUCAUCUGUUCAAAGAUGGAACAUGUUCUUGUGGAGAUUUCUGGUAAUGAGAUUCUCUUAGUGCAUAAAACUGCUGCAGGGGAUGCUGUAAUCCGAUGUUCACCUCGAAGGUGCUAAUUUGAUGAACAUCAGACCAUAGAUAAUGCAACUUCUGGAAUGCUUGGGGGCUGCCUUAAGGAAGUAAUGAUUCUUGAGGAACAUUCUUCAUGAGGUCAAACAAAGUAUCAUUUUGCUCUCAAGUUUUUUGAGUGAUCAACAUUAUUGGCAGAUGCCAUCUUCAAGCAGAGAGGUUAAUUCAAGAAACCAUGUCAAAAUACAUUCAAAUCGCUGCAAAUUUGAGCAGCAUUGAGAUCAGGUGCUUUCACCUUCAUGUACCAUAAUCCAUUGAUUUUUUCCUUUAUCUAUUUCAUGAUUUUUCUCAUA